AUGAAGAUUGAUAAUAUUGAUAAUAAUGAAGAUUCUAUAAAAUCAGAAGAAAACAUCAACAACAAUAAUGUAACAGUAGAAGAACAUGAGAAUAAUGAUAACGUAGAAAAUGAAGAUAAUGAAGAAUCAGAGAUAUAUCUACAAGGAAAAGAUUUAAUUCAGAAAUCAAAAGAUAUGUUAAAGGAUAUUAAAGCAUUGGAAAGUGGAAAAGACCUAUUCAAAGAGGGUAAUGCACUGGUAGAUGCAAUUGUCAAGCGUGAAGAAGCAAGAAAACUAAUGGAAAAGGGACUGGAAUUGGUAUCACAAGUGAAACAAGAUAAGGAUGCACGUGCUCUACUCGACCAAUCAAAAGAGUUACUCGAAUUCUUUUCGAAUGAAGAAAGAGUUAAAAGUGUAUUAUCAGAGGGUAAACAAUUAUUAGAAGAUAUUAAAUCAAAAGAUAAAACAGUGACAAGAGAACAAAUUGAAUCGCUCUUUAAACAGGGUGGUUCAAUUUUGAAGGAUUUCAAAGAUAGUGAACAGAGUUCGUUCGAGGAAGUGCAAUCGUUGAUUGGCGAUGGCAAGAGUGUCCUCAUUGACUUCUUGACCGAUGAGAACAAGCACUUCUCUCGUGACUCUCCAGAGUUACUCAGCCUGUUGGAGCGUGGUGGUAAACUUGCAUCCAACGUAACAGAGACACUGAAAUCCAACAAGAUAGUCGGAGAACUCACAGAGAAAGAAGACUUUAAGAACAUCUUGGGCAAGGGUAAAAAAUUCGUAUCCGAAGUUAGAUCGAAACAACAGCUAAUAGAUUUCCUUAAACAAAACAAAGACUUCAUUAAAGAGAUUAAAAAUACUAUUAUACCAUUCAUCACAGAUCAGCUUCUAAAAGUACAGAUUCCAGUUGUAAAUGGUGUCACCAAGGGAUUUUGGUAUGAACUGUCAGGUCUUGUUUUCGCUGGUUUGAGAAUUGCUCCCGAGAAUGUAAAUGUAGAUUUCAAUGAAGUAAAUAAGAGUAUAACUGUUUCUGUAGACGAAUACACCGAACAUCAAGAUAACAGAGAUCAAAUUUAUAUUGGAGCACUUGCAGGUCGUCGUUGGCAAGGGCAAAGCCAAGUGGCUCUACAACUACCUGAUAUCAAAGUUCUCAGAGACCAUAAAGUCGACCGUGGAAACCAAGAUCAAGAAUACCAUCACCACACAUCUCAACACUCUGACGACCAAGAUCAACUCGAUCAUCGAAGAAAAACAAAGAACAAUAAGGAGAUUGACGGCGGCGAUGAUGAUGGUGCCGAAGCAGAGAUUCAAGUCACCAUAACUGAAGAAGAAGAAGAAGAAACAAUAACAUCUACAACAACAACUACUACUACAUCAGGUGGUGCAACCAUCAAAGAGAUUGAUACCACCACCACCGAAGAGGAAACAACACAAACCUCCCUGAUCGUUGCAAAUGAGACUUCAGAAGUCGCAAGUGAAUUUUCAUAUAAUAUCAAAUCAAAUCAUAUUGUUUGUUGUUGUUUCUAUUUAGCUAUCUCUACCCUACUCAACUAUACCGAGAUUAGAUACCAAUCACUGGCCACCAGGAAACUAAAGAAUAUAGCUAGAGUCUAUCAUCAUAUCAAUGAGAAUCAACCAAGCGAAUAUUAUGAUUAUGAAAAUUUUAUGUUAUCUUGGAGUGCACCAGAUAAAUAUGAAUUGAUAAACAAAGUUGGUAGAGCCAGUGCAGAAGCAAAAGAUUCAGAGAGAAAUCAAGAUUUUAGAGAACUUAAAGGGUGGACCGAAUAUUAUACCACUGCUAGAUACAAUCAGAGACCCACUGACAAGAACAAAGAGUUUAGUUUUUCCUUUUUAAACUAUUUGAAUGACCGUGAUUUAAGAUAUUAUAUGUUUGAAUUAUUAAAGGCAAUUGAAUUCACUCAUUCAAAAGGUAUAAUGCACAGAGAUAUAAAGCCACAUAAUAUAGCAAUCGAUCAUUCUAAACGUAAAUUAUAUCUAUUGGAUUGGGGUUUGGCAGAGUUUUAUCAUCCCUAUAAGAACUACAAUGUUAAAGUUGCAUCCAGACACUACAAACCACCAGAACUACUAGUAAAUAUGUACGACUAUGAUUAUUCAAUCGAUAUGUGGAGUCUAGGUUGUUUGUUUGCCGGUCUCAUUCUCAACAGAGAUCCAUUUUUCAAUGGUGAGAACAACGAUGACCAACUUGUAAAGAUUGUAAAAGUAUUAGGAACAGACGAUUUCUAUAAAUAUUUAGAUAAAUAUGGUUUGGAUCUAAGUCCGCAUUUAAAAGAUUUAAUUAAACCAUCUGUAAAAAAAGAUUUCCAAAGAUACAUUCCAUUUGCAAACGAUGACAUUGCUCACCCAACUGCAAUUGACUUUUUAGAUAAACUACUGAGGUAUGAUCCUCAGGAAAGAAUGACUGCUCAAGAGGCUAUGAAUCAUCCUUACUUUUCUGAACUUAAUGGUAAUAGAGAAUCUUCUUCUCUUUCCACGAACCAAUAA